GAUGGCGCCGCGGGACCGGAGAGGCGUCGGGCGGAAGCGACGGGAGGAAGCUCCGCUCGCCGGGACGCGCUGCACCGCGCUGGGCCCGUCCUCGCCGCACAGGAGGGAGGGAGGGAGGAAGCAAGCGCUGCAGGAAUUGCUACUAUUGGUGUUAAGGACACCGGUGUGAAGACAUCAUAGUGAUAGUUCACCUUGAUCACCAGAACAGACCCCACAAGAGAUGGAAGACACAGAGCCAUGGUAUUCUCAGAAAGUGUACGCAAGAUACUGGAAACACUAUGACUUAGCCAUGCGCUGGAUGCGUAGACACCAGAAAGCCUACAGGAAAGCCAUGGAGUCCUUUUAUCACCUGCCAUGGCAUCCUUCUGCAGCCUCGCCACGUGGCCGCUACUCCGAUUGGGAUGGGAAUGAUCUCCCACAUACCCACAACUAUUCUUCCAGCUAUAGUCCACAUGGCAGAGAACAGUACCCUGGGGGAGCUCAGCAGUACACAGAUACCCACCAAGGGAGGGAGGAUGCUGAUGGGGACUCCGAAAUGGAGGAGGACUCUGAGUCUGAAGGUGAGAUAGAAUAUGACUUGAGUAACAUGGAGAUCACAGAGGAGCUUCGUCAGUUUUUUGCACAGACAGAGAGGCACCGGGAAGAGCUGCGGAGACAGCAGCAACUGGAAGCUGAGCACCAGUACGUGGAGGCUGAUCAAGACCUUCACAAAAGGAGGGGGCGUUCUGUGGAGCCGCCUGCAGAAAGACCUGGGGAGAGGCGCAUGGCAGAAAUGAAGAAACUGUAUGGUGCUGAAGCUGCCAAAAUCCAGGCAAUGGAGGCUGCCAUGCAGCUUAUCUUUGAUAGAAACUGUGACAAAAAGCAGCCCAAAUACUGGCCCAUUAUUCCCCUUAAGCUGUGAGUACCUGGACUGCGCUCUGACCUGGCACUGAGCUGUAGGGACAGGUGCCUCAGUCAGGUUGUGCUGCUGAAAGAACAAACUGCAAAUGUUGGCUUUGGUUGGGCUUUGGGGCUGAGGCCAGCAAGGGCAGCAUGUUUCUUUGCCCUGUGUUCCUUUUACACUGUCAGCGAUGGUCACCGUCCAGUCUACCUACAUACUGUUGUCAAGUAGUAGGAGGAGGGACAGAAAUAUCAAACCUUUUUCACUCAUUUUAUACCUUCCUGCCUUGAGCCAUGCUUGCAAGCAACAUAACAAUGUCUGUACUCAGUGAACUGGGAAGACAAAGUAAUGUCAAAAAGAAAAAGACUAUACGAACCGUCUGCCCUUCCCAUUUAGGAAAUUGAGUAGUCCCAUUUUUCAGUCUUAUUUAACAUAGUAGCAUUUGGAUCCUGUUUAACACAGCACAGCUCGAAGUGUUAUGUCUGCUAAUCUUUGAUUAUUUUUUUUGAGAACUGGGAGCCCACUGGCCAAGAUACAACAUAUCAAAUUACUGUAGCCCAGCCAUUUGAAUUCUAUUUCAAAUGUUUGUAAUAAAGCAGGAAGUUUUUCUUCCAGACUGAUACUUCUUUGGCAGCAGUUCGACUCUAAAGCAAAAUUACAUAGAAAAAUGCUUUAAUGAAGGGGGUGAGGGGAGUGGGGAAGAAACCUGAUGUGGCCCUGUCUGUUAUAGAUCAGUUUAGCAGAAGAGAAACUUAAGAGAACAAAGCAGUCUUGGGGCCAAUGCCUACAGUGAUUUUUGCUAUUCUACUAAAAAGCAUUUAAUUGGUUUGAAGCUUUAAAAAAGACGUUAUUAGUCUGACAGACAAAGGGUGUGUCUGUGUGCCGUAUAUGGAUGUGUGGAAGCCGCAUAGCCCUGAGGCCUGUGUUUAUUUUAGGUGCAGCUUUCCAAUGCCCACUUGCGUAUUACAUGCACAAAGCUUAAACACGGGCAAGUUAGAUGUGCCUCUGUGUGUACUCAUCCAUCUGCAGGGGCUGUUUGGCUCCACUUCCAUCACUCUUUACUAUUGGUCAGUUGUUCUUGCCCCACUAACAGCUGAGCAGGUAGCGUGAGGCACACAAGUGGUCUGCGUAAGACAGGCAGAAUUGGCCUCUUAAUACUGGUGACUCCUUAGAAAAUGGUACCCUGAACACUUCCAAGGACUUUGUGCUACGUAUCAUUGUGUGCUGAAGGGCUGUAGUUUGGAUUAAGCAGCAUUUCCGUGCCAGGGCAAAGGAACCCUAUGCCAUUUUGUGACAAACAUUCAUGUGCUUUUUUAGCAACAGAGGAAGGUCACAAAUAAAAUUCUAACUUCAGUUCAUGUCUAUUGUGUCUAAUGUACCUCUGUAGCAUGCGCAGUUUGUAAUACUAUAGCUUUGUUGCUAUGCCCUCUGCAGCAGCCAGCUGCACCAAAGCAAGUCUGCGGUGCAGUUUGGAACAUCUUUGCUUUUGCUAGUAGUAACUAUGUUUUUUUCAAAGCAGCAUUUUAAUUUCAGCUCCAUCUCCUUCACUUUAGGUGUGAUGAGAUGGAGUUAAAUUGAAAACUGAAAGUAAAAGGCCCCAGUCUCCAAGACUUAUUACUGGUGUGAUUAAUCUGAAAAAUUUGUGUGAGACAGGAGAGGGAAAAGGGUUAUGAGCAGUCCUGCAUUUGUCUUCACUCUUGUUUUUGGCAGGUUUUGUCAGAAAUUCAGUGUUUUGUUUGGGUUUCCUUUUGUUAACAAAAUAAAUUCUCUUUAUAACACCUUGUAAUUUAUUUUUAUU